AUGGCUACUGCCACUGAAUCUGUCCCCGACGUUGCUACGUCCGAGACACCAGACCCACGCCGUGCAUCUACCGCUCCUACCGAAGAGUCUGCCUCGGGAGUUGGUCUUCUAGACCACCGACAGUCUUACGGCCCACAAGACGAGGACGAUGAAAUGCAGGACCAAUAUCAGGAUUACGUGCCUCCGGAAGAACACCAAACACCUCCGUCACGCCACGGGCAGUCGAAGCGCGCCCAGGCUGCGGACCCAAACCUUUCUCCGGCAGCGGAUUACUUGAUGGGUAUCAUGGCCGAGUUUCGCAAAUUGGAAGGAAAGCUCGCCAACCUUUUGACGGAACAGGCAAGAUUGAAGGACGAAAACGAAGAGCUCCGAAAUCGUCCUCCGGCGCCUGACCCAACCACGCUGCAGGAUCUCGAAAAUCUAACUACAAAGUACAACAAGGUUAAGAAACUUUACUUCCAGAAGGAAUCCCAAGUCGAGCAAUUGGCGAAGGAGAAUGAAACCUUGCGGGGCGAUGGCGAAGAGCUUGAAAACCUUCGAAAUGAAAACCAAGAACUGAACCGUGACCUAGAUAUCCUAGUGAAGGAACGUGACCAAAUUGCACAAGAUCUGGCCGCCGCGGCCAAGGACAAGGAGGCACUAGUCCAGCAGCUUGGGUCUUUCGACCAAGAACGAGAUACACUGGAACGGGAACGUGAAUCGUUGGAGCAGGAACGGGAUUCGAUUCUACAAGACCGUGAUUCGGCUCUCCAGGAACGAGAUUCGGCCCUCCAGGAGCGGGACUCGGUCCUACAGGAGAGGGAGGCUGCUUUGCAUGAAAGAGAUUCUGUUAUACAGGACCGAGACGCCAUUCUACAAGAGCGAGAAGAUAUUAUCCGCGAAAAGGAAGAGGCUCUGCAAGAUAAACAUGAUGCUUCCGUUGAAAGAGAUGAGGCCAGGCAAGACCAAGAAAACCUACAGAACAGGGUCAAGGAUUUGGAAGACGAGGUCGCUAAGCUGCAAGCACAAACAGCCGCCCAAGCUAAUGGUGUCCGUGACAAGAGGAUAUCUGGGCCACCUGCCGGGCACGCUUCGACUGGAUCCGAUUACCCACAGGACAUCCUAAAACUGAAAUACGACAAGGUGAAGAGAUUGUAUUACGAACAACAAAAGACAAUCUCCCAUAUGGAGGAGAGAUUAAGGAGUGCAGAGACGAUGAGAGCAGGUAAGCCCAUCGAUUCUUAA